GUCGGCUCUCGCCUCGGCGCCCAGGGCGCAGUCGCGCCCGCCCCUGCCGCGCCACCGAUGGCGGCGGCCCGCUACGCUGGCGAGGCGACCAUGCGGUACCGGCCGCCCGUCGGCCCCAGCGGCCUGGGCGCCGGGCCCAGCGACCGCGGCGCCCUGGGCGCCGGCUUUGCGCGCCCGGGCCCGCGCCCGCCGCCAGAGCGCAGCGAGCGCACCAGCGGCCACUACGGCGGCCCCCCCGCCGGCAUGCGCUCCGCUGGGUCGAGGGCCAUGGGGCAGAUGCCGCCGCCGCCGCCGCUGCCCCCGCCGCCCGGGGGCGCGGGCCACGCCGGCCACGCGGGCCACGCCGGCCACGGCUCCGUCGCCUCCCGGUCGGUGCCCCCAGGCAGCCGCAUCGCCACGCGCCCCUCGACGCCCGGCUCGGCGGGGCAGCCGUACUACGCUCUGGGCCACCCGCGCUGGCCCGAGCCGGCGCACCAGCACGCGCUGAGCCAGGGCGGCAGCGCCGCGGGCCGCGCCGUGCCCGCGGCCACGGGCGCCGGGCCGCCGUUGCCGCCCUACGGGCGCACGGCGGCCGAGGGCAGGGCCGGGGUCUCGGACCCGCUGCCGAUGCGGCAGUUCGGGGAGGGCGCCGCCAAUCGCAGCCGCAGCACGGCGGCGGUGGGCGCCGGCGCCGGCAGGGUGGCGGCCGCGGGCGGCGACCGCUUCGGCAGCGAGCCCGGCAGCAGCGGCGGCAGCGCGAGCUCCACGUGCGACAAGUGCGACGGGAGGCACAGCACCGACCAGUGCCCUCACUUCCGUGGCAUCCGCGAGAAGCACAAGGACGCGUGGGUGAACUACGGCUGCGGCAAGAAGGGCGGCCCCCACCAGAUGGGCGGCAGCGGGGGCGACUUCGUCCUGCGCUCCGCCAGGGUCAUCCGGCAGCCCGGGGACGGAAGCUGCCUGUUCCACUCGCUCAACUACGGGCUGGGCGGCGGCGGCACCGCUAGCGGGCUCCGCCGAGAGAUCGCCGAGUUCUUGCAGCAGAACCCCAGCCUCCAGAUCGCGGGGGACACGCUGGAGGAGUGGGUCAAGUGGGACUCCAACAACUCCGUCAGGGACUACGCGCGCAGGAUCGCGGUGAGCGGCUGGGGCGGCGGCAUCGAGAUGGCAUGCUUCGCCCUGAUGAAGAAUGUCAACGUCCACGUCUACGAGACCUCCAGGAGCUUCGGGGCGAGCGAGUACAAGAGGAUCUCCUGCUUCGACAGCCAGAAUGCCACGAAGACGGUCCACGUGCUCUACCAGGGCGGAGUGCACUACGACGCGCUCCAUCCGCCUGGGUCGGCUGGCAGCGGGGCGGGGCGCUUCUGAGGGCCCGUCCUUUCACUUACUUCAAGAAGCAAUUAAGACCCCCCCCCUCCGGUGAAACGAACAUGCAUCCAGCACCC